CUUGUAUCUCGCCUUGGACGUUUGAACGAACCUCGACUUUCUGUCUCCCUUGAUCGACUCUUUGUUUAUUCCAAAAGAACAGCUGUAGCCGCCUAUCUGUUCUUAUACGACAACGUCGACCGAAUCGAUUCGAAUCAACGCUAUCAUCUCCACUACUUUGCACUAGGAACCUUGACGGAAGGCGGGCAUACAGAUCAGCGGUUCGUCCUGACGUUCUCCCCAUGCGACAACAGACUUGACGACAACGCCGUCCUAAGAGGUGACCGAACCUCUCGCAUUCGACCCAUCGACGUUUCACUCAGCUGCGCCGCUUGUAUCGUGGUGCACCAAGGCCCAUGGUAACAUAGAACCCAACGUCCAAUAUCGUUUUGAAAGCCAAGCCAGGAAACUACACAGGCAAUCGUGGGCGUGCAAGCCUCGUUGAGGCCCACCCAACCGUCGAUGAUGACAUCAUCUCGACCCCGCGGCGAUGUUGGCGGCAGUUUUGCUAGCAGACGCGGACAUUCUAGCCAACUUUCCAUUUCCGAUCCGAGUCACCAUGUUACGGAAGCUAUCGGCACAUUGUACGGCGAUGAGGACGAUUCAGGAUCCGAGGGUGGUCGACCCAUGAGUCUCAAUCGACCGCUGAGCUUCAUCGGAGGCCCAACACCAUACCAAGAAUCACUUCCCCGACCGCCCCCCGAUGGUAGAUUUCUCACCGUUGACACACGGAGGGCACUCAAGAGGACCGAUUCCGAGGGCUCCGCUACCGAAACAUCCCCCAUUAAUGGCGACCCUAACAAAAGACCUCAUCAGCUCUCUCCAAACCAGCGAAGCAACUCAUUCGAACAAGGGCCUAAAUCGCCAUUGUCUCCUACGCUUUCACUUCGCGAUGUCCAAGCCGACUCUCAAUUUUCUCUAACCAACAUCGACAAUCCGAGUGAUAUUGCUCUGGAACUGAGUAAUUUGCAAGCGCUUAGGCGCUUGUCGAUGGAUGUUGGAAAUAACAAGGAUCCUGAUAUGCCGCCCAUGUCUUUAAUGGCCAUGCCAACAAUAGCACCAAGCGGUGACGACGAUGAAAACGACCCCUCGAGACUUCUAUGGGUACCUGCAAGAGUCCACCCAGAACUUGCCCCUGGCGAAUUCAAAUCAUUCCUUGAAAAUAGAGUUCAAUCUAUAAGACGAAGGUCUGGCGACUCAUUUCUAUCUGCCGAUACCGAUAUCAGCGAAGGCGACUCAGGAAUAGGGGGCCUCAGACGGAAAAAGUCUAUGCUAUCUCGACAAAUAGAUAGUUCCAGUGACCGCGGCUCUGUCGAUUACGUUGAUGGCGCUGAUCGAUUGGACCGCAAACGCUCACGCGGUCACAGCCAUGAACUCAGCUUGGAAGAACUCGUCAAGGAUCCUACAAGGGCCGUACAGAAAUUCGCUCAAGAAUCUCAAAUAGCACCAAGCGGACCCGAGGGUAGUAUAGAUGACCUACCAAUUCUACCGGCUGCCCCUGGGAUGGGUCUUCGCAGGUCAACUCGAACAACGUAUCGCAAGGGCGGCAGUAUACGCACCGGACCCCUUGCCCGUAGAUCUGGACACCGUCAGCAACCUAGUGGGGACUUGACGUUUGCUCCUUUGGAAGCUCCGCCGGGUCAUGGUCUUUCACGGGUUCAAUCAGAGCCUGUAGCAGACAACUACUCACGGCAGAACCAAACAGUGACGAGAUCACAGAACUUGUCUCAGGAGUCGUUGGACGAUUUUGACCACUACGAUGGAGCCUCGCAAGGAACUAAUGGGAACUAUUCAGACACAUUUCAAGAGCUACCUAUUCGAUCAUCACCAAGUCUUUCAACAGUCGAUACUUCGCCCCAUAAGGACACCCAAGACCAGAGCCAGCAAAAAUUCCCAAAGCGAUCUUCUUCACAGAACGCAAAAAAUCAUCCGGUCUCUCAGAGGAUGUCUGAGCCGGAACCGCCGAUAGAGGAAGAACCUAGUCACAGUAGCCGACGAAGCUUUAGCCGACAGAAUGCGCCACAACCUGCCGCACAGCAGCAAACGUCCCGAUCUUCGUAUCCCCAAAGCCAGUCCUUGAGUGACAAUCUUGCAGCGAACCCUUCACUCAUCCCUGGCAGUGGCGCAUCGCGAACCGACAGCCUGACUUUUAUACCGACACUAACUCAAGAAGAGCGAAAGCCAGACAAGAAAUCCAAGAAGGACAAGGAUGAUGAGGCGGGUUCGACUAAAUCUGGAAGCGCCUGGAAAUGGUUCAAGAGCAGUGAGGACAAGGAUAAGAAGAAGGACGAGAGCAAGAAAUCCAAGACUAAAUCCCUUGGCGAUAGGGGACAAGACAACGCACGGCUGGACGUCAUACAGACAUCGAUUGAUAAAAACGCACCCAAGGGCCGUGAAAGUCUUGUCCUUGACCGCGACAAUGUAGAAAGCAAACUACAAGAAGAGCGCAAGAAAGAAAGCCACCGCAAGAGCGACUCAAAGAGGGACAAAGACGGUAGCAUCUUCUCUUCCAUCUUUGGAGGGAGCAAGAAGAAGGAAGAAAAAGAGCGGGCCUCCAAGAAGACUCAACACCUCAAGGUCCCCGAGGAGCCAGUGUUCAAGCCCCUAGUCCCCGAUGUCGAUUACCACUGGUCAAGAUUUCCUCUACUUGAGGAGAGGGCGAUUUACCGAAUGGCUCACAUUAAACUGGCUAACCCACGCCGACCUCUGCACAGCCAAGUUUUACUGAGCAAUUUCAUGUAUAGCUACCUGGCUAUCGUCCAGGCCAUGCAUCCUCAAAUGAAUGUACCUGUUUCGCCGCAACAAAAACGACUGGAGGAGGAAGCUCGAAGAAAGCAACAAGAACAAGAAUACUUGGCUCAACAAAGAUCGCAAGAAGAGCAGGAUUCUCAAGAAGCCAUGGAUCAAUAUGACUUUGACUAUCAUCGGGCCGCGGUACAAUAUGGCGAGUCAGGCAGUGGAGAGGUUGAUUAUGUUGACGAUGCUCAGAUUUAUGAGGAUGAGCACGGAAAUGAUAACAACCGCCAAGACUAUAGCUACGAUGAUCCUGAAGGGUACGGCCCUGGGGCCAAAGAGUACUACCACCAGUAUCAGGACAAUGAUAACGAUCGUCGGCAUGAUGGGCGGGAUGACAUGUGGUGAGAGCCCGGAUAGUCAUGGAAAGGUUCUUUGCCGAGUCGAUCUUUAUAUAUGUUAACUUUAUAUUAUUAUCACUAUCAUUAGUUGCCGAGGCAAGUGUCUAUGGUAGCGUGCAGCGUUUCAGUCAGCCUUAGCAUAUGGCGGAGUUCCGGAAGACGAGCGCGAGCGGAAGGAGUGGGCGUAACAGGUUUGCAAAGACACACUUUUCAAACUUCCUUUUUCUCUUUUGUGAAAGAAGAUGAUGGCGAGCUUCGGCGUGGGAUAUAAUGUUGUACAUGCCCCUCUCAUUUCGACCCCUUCCUCUGCGCUGUUCGUCUUUGCAACAAUCUUUGGUGGAGUUAUUUCUGACGUUGGGAGGGAGCACUGGGAUAAGCGUUUGUAUUCGAAGAAAGCGGGUGACGGAACUGUGGCGUGGGGAGGAGAAUAUGACUUGCGCUUUGUAAGGUACUGCUUCGAAGUGCUGGUCAUGAUUUACCACUUGGUGGGAUCUUGUUCUGAUAGCACAGCAGAGGAGUGACAUGAGGUAUGAAGCUGUAGGAUAUGACUUCAUAGAGAUAGAAUUGCCGGA